AUGGCUUCUCCCAGGUUAGAAACCUACUGCUGCCCAAACCGGGAUGCAGCUACGCAGCUAGUGAUGAACUUCCAGCCUGAAGUCUUCUGCGGAGUUUGCAUUGGCAGUGCCUCGGUCAGUCUGCUACUGACCAUCCUGCAGCUCCUGCCGAAGAAGGGACAGAGCCCGCGCAAGAUGCCCAAGGCUUCUUCCUCUUCCACCAUCCUUCUCCUUAUCUCCAUUUGUGACAUCCUUGGUGGUUUAGGUGUGAUCUUCAGGUCGAGUGUGUGGCUAGGCUUCCCAGGAUUCAUAGCUAACAUUUCUGCGGUGAAUGGGACCAGCGUGUGGCCUUCGGCCUUCUGCGUGGGGAGCGCGAUGUGGAUCCAGCUAUUAUAUAGUGCUGGCUUCUGGUGGUUGUUUUGCUACGCUGUUGACUCUUACUUGGUGGUAAGAAGAUCAGCUGGACUGAGUACCAUCGUGCUGUACCACAUGAUGACCUGGGGCCUCGCAGUGAUGUUCUGCGUGGAGGGAAUCGCACUGCUUUACUACCCUUCCAUCUCCAGCUGUGAAAAUGGCUUGGAGCAUGCAAUCCCACAUUAUGUCACGACCUAUGCCCCGCUCCUGCUAGUGCUGGUGGUCAACCCAAUCCUGUUUAGGAGGACAGUAUCAGCAGUUGCCUCCUUACUAAAAGGAAGACAAGGGAUUUACACGGAGAAUGAGAGACGCCUGGGGACAGAGAUCCAGAUCCGCUUCUUCAAAAUCAUGCUGGUAUUCGUUAUUUG